UGGCCGUCUCUCUCAUUACAGCCUUCACUCUCCGAAUCCUCAACGUCGGCAAGAAGGAAAGAAGAAAAAAAAUCUGACAAGAUGAUAUCGUUUAAAGCCAUGGUGCUUUUGUUGGAUGGGCUCUGGGUGUGGGUGCAGUGGAGGAGACUGACACUUGGCAGAGUGACGAAGGGGAUUCAGAGCAUCGUGAGUGUAUUUCAAUGCACGUUGGCCAGGCAGGAGCCCAGAUGGGCAAUGCAUGCUGGGAACUAUACUGCCUAGAGCAUGGGAUCCAGCCUGAUGGACAGAUGCCCAGUGAUAAAACCAUUGGAGGGGGAGAUGACUCGUUCAACACCUUCUUCAGUGAGACUGGGGCUGGCAAACAUGUUCCCCGUGCAGUCUUUGUUGACCUGGAGCCCACUGUCAUUGAUGAGGUACGUACAGGUACCUACCGCCAGCUCUUCCACCCUGAGCAGCUGAUCACGGGAAAGGAGGACGCUGCCAACAACUAUGCUCGUGGUCACUACACCAUCGGCAAAGAAAUCAUUGACCUGGUACUUGACAGGACACGUAAACUGGCUGACCAGUGCACAGGACUUCAAGGUUUCUUGAUCUUCCACAGUUUUGGAGGUGGUACCGGCUCUGGUUUCACCUCCCUGCUCAUGGAGCGCCUCUCUGUUGACUACGGGAAGAAGUCCAAGCUGGAGUUUGCCGUUUACCCUGCUCCCCAGGUGUCCACUGCUGUAGUGGAGCCCUACAACUCCAUCCUGACCACCCACACCACCUUGGAGCACUCUGACUGUGCCUUCAUGGUGGACAAUGAAGCCAUCUAUGAUAUCUGUCGUAGAAACCUGGACAUUGAGCGUCCUACCUACACCAACCUCAACAGGCUGAUUGGUCAGAUUGUCUCUUCCAUCACAGCCUCUCUACGUUUUGAUGGGGCCCUGAAUGUGGACCUGACAGAGUUCCAGACCAACUUGGUGCCCUAUCCUCGUAUCCACUUCCCCCUGGCCACAUAUGCCCCAGUCAUCUCUGCUGAGAAAGCCUAUCACGAGCAGCUUUCAGUAGCUGACAUCACCAAUGCUUGCUUUGAGCCAGCCAAUCAGAUGGUGAAAUGUGAUCCACGUCACGGCAAGUACAUGGCCUGCUGCCUCCUGUAUCGUGGCGAUGUUGUUCCCAAAGAUGUCAACUCUGCCAUUGCCACCAUCAAGACCAAGCGCACCAUCCAGUUUGUGGACUGGUGUCCCACUGGCUUUAAGGUUGGUAUCAACUACCAGCCACCAACUGUGGUGCCUGGAGGAGAUCUGGCCAAGGUCCAGAGGGCUGUUUGCAUGUUGAGCAACACCACCGCCAUUGCUGAGGCCUGGGCCAGGCUUGACCACAAGUUUGACCUGAUGUACGCCAAGAGGGCCUUUGUACACUGGUAUGUAGGAGAGGGCAUGGAGGAGGGAGAGUUCUCAGAGGCCAGAGAAGACAUGGCAGCCCUGGAGAAGGAUUAUGAAGAAGUGGGCACAGACAGCAUCGGAGAAGAGGAUGAAGAAGGAGAGGAGUACUAAAGUACGUAACCUGUCCAAUCAGCUGAUGUUCCAUUAUAGUCCAAUAAGUCCUGUCAUAUGCAAGAAGUAAGCAAACAACAAAAAGGUUAAGUGGACUAAUAUUGGAAAUAAUUCAAUGAAGUAAGCACAUUCUACCUAGCUACAAUAAGAACAUUCCUGCCUCACAUCAGCCAUUUUGAAUAAAAGAUUAAUCAAAAUAAA